CCUCGCCUGGCCGGCGCGAGUGUGCGCGCGCACACUCGUGCGCAGGUUCGAAUCUCCGCAGCUUCGCGGUUGCCGCCUAACGUCCGGGCCGCACCUCCUGCUCAGACCAAGGCGGCUCGCGUGGGUUGCGCUGGGCCGCCCCGCCCCUCUGCCUGGCCCAGGCCCGCCCGCUGCCCCCGGACCCCCCUAGCCCGCGCGCGCUCCGCCCCACCGCUACUUCCCCGAGCCUCUGGGCCCAUGGCCAAGCGGCGUGCCGCCGAGCCGCUGACGUUCCACGUGCCCUGGAAGCGGCUCCUGCUCUGCGACUUCCCCGAGGAGCCGCCACCCUGGGUCCCGCCGUCGGGGGCCGCGCCUCCGGGGCUGUCCCGAAAGCGCAAGAUUGACCCCGGGGCCAUGGCAGAGCCGGCGGCCUCGCCCAGCAAGCGCCGCGACGGCGGGGAGAGCAGCGCCCGGGGCGGCCAGGAGCGACCGGACCGCGGCCUUGGGACGGGCGAGCCGUCGCAGUCCCCGCUGCCUGGACGCUCUCGGGGCCUGGGGGAGGAGCUCCCGGACGCUCGGCCCCCGAGAGGCGGCGGCGACGACGAGGCGGGGCACGCAGGGGCCCCGCGGGGGGACUGGGGGGCCGCACCGCGCCAGCACAAUGAAGAAUUUUGGCAGUAUAAUACAUUCCAGUACUGGCGGAAUCCUCUACCCCCUAUUGACCUGGCAGACAUUGCAGAUGUCAGUGAAGACAGCCUCACAGUAGCAGCACUUCAGGGCAAGAGUGAAGUGGUUGAGAUCGACAUGGAGUCCUGACCAAGGAGCCAAAGGAUCUCAGGGAAUUCAUGUGUUCCAAAGUUUUGGAACAGUUAACCUUCUAUACUUGACAUGAUAGUGUCUUUAAACUUGAAAAGGGAGGAAAAGUGUUUUUGAAGAUAAAUGCCUAUAGUUACUACUGAACCUCCCAGUAGGGAUUUGUCAAGGCUACAAGUUAUAUUUGAAGUAUUUUGUGUAUGUGUUGUUAAAGAAAAUAAAUUUUGCUUAGGUUCUGAGUUUGAAGGUAAAACUGAUCUUAUGAAAGGGAAUUGCAGCGGUUUUAGAAAUUGGUGGAAAUCAUCCAACUCUUCUUCCUGUGUGCACCAAAAAGUUAUAUUUGUGGUACAUGCAAUGAAUAUCAUUUUAUAACUGAUAUCAAUAAAAUCCUUUCUUGUAUAUCUUACUGACUCUUAGUUGAACAAAUAGGUGAAAGAACAUUUGUGCAAACUUAAACUGUGGGAGAGUCUGAAUGCUCAUAUUGUUUUUGAAGAAUUUUGUACAUGUACAUUAGUGAAAAUUUCAGUUUGCUUGAUGCUUAAAUCACUUGUAAUAUUUGAUGUUUGUAAAACUACUGGCAAUGGAAAAUGGAUAAAGAUCAGUAAGUUACCGACUGCCCCCCUCCUCUUUCUAAAAAGGAAAACGUUUGUCAGUAAGAUCAGUUUCUUGAUUUGAGUUACUUCCAGGGCAUGAUUUUUUUUUUUUUAUUACUUCAGACCUAUAGUUCUCAACACUAACAGCACUUUAGAAAACUUUGUCUGAUCCCUUUCCAGUGAGAUACUAUUCAGAGGUGAGCUUUAGAGUUUUUUUAAAGCACUGGCUUUCAUUUCUUGCAUUUCUCUAAAUGUGCAGGCAGAGUUGAGAAACCACUAGUUUGGUGGUAGGUUUUCCUGUUUAGAGGAGAUAACUAAUUUGUGCUAAGGUAGGGCCUGCUUAUUUGCUUUGUUAUUUUGCUACAUUGGAUACUUUAUGGUAACUAAGUUAUUGUGUUGCUACUACUAUUUUAUUGUUGCAAAAUAAAGUAAGCAAUUUUGUGUUGGAGUU